UUGUCCUACCUCUUUCUUCGAUCCAAAUUACCGCUCCUACGAUUCGACGUGGUUUUUUAGUGAUCACCAACCCCCCUGCUCGAGAAAGUAGUGAGGAAUUUCGAUCCAAAUUACCGCUCCUACGAUUCGACGUCGUUUUUCAGUGAUCACCAACCCCCCUGCUCGUGAAAGUAGUGAGGAAACAGACCCAAGUUGAACUAAAGGUUGAGAAAGAAAAGAAAGACGGCGACGGCGUGUACCUCCUCUUCAAGUGACACGAGCAAGCGAUCUGAGUCCCCCUAGGAGAGGACGAGAGGCAGAGAGAAGAGGGAGUUCAAAGACGCAGAGAGAAGAGAGAUUUCAGAGACGCGGAGAGAAGAGGGAGCAGGCUGAUUUUUGUUGUGUGCAAUGGUGUUCCUUCAUCUAUAGAUGGUUUGUGGUGAGCAGUAGCCAUGGAAAUAGAGGGGGGAGCAGGAGGAGGAGGGCAGCCGCAGAAGCUGCAGUGCGUUGGGAGGCUGCAGGUAGCCAAGCAUAAACAAAUCGGUUUCGUUUGCGGAACACUGCCCGUCCCCACUGAUGAUACCUUCAUCUCUUCUCUGGUUCGCUCCUCCCACUCCCAAAAGGUAAGGGCUCCUCGUUACAGAGUGCUUCCUACAGAGACGGAUCUCAAUUAUCCUCCCCUGAUCCCAAACAUCCCUGAGAAAGUCUUUCCUCUGACCUCUGUUGGGAACAGGGCCGGAGAUCUACAGUGGGAAAGUUGUCCCAUCAAUCAACCUUUGGCAAGGAAAUGCGAGACACUUGCAGUCACUGGUCUUGCUGAGUAUGGAGAUGAGAUAGAUGUGGUUGCUCCAGUAGAUAUUUUGAAACAGAUUUUUAAGAUACCUUACUCCAAGGCGCGUAUAUCCAUUGCUGUUCAUCGCAUUGGGCAGACUCUUAUUUUGAAUACUGGACCUGAUGUGGAAGAAGGAGAAAAUUUGGUUAGAAGGAGAAAGAACCAAGCGAAAGGUGGUGAUCAAUCACUGUUCUUAAAUUUUGCAAUGCAUUCAGUGAGAGCAGAGGCUUGUGAUUGCCCCCCUGCACGAGAUACAUCUUCUGAUGAUCAAGAAAACCCCACUAUUUUGCCUCAACAGUUUGAAGAAAGGGAUGACUUCUUUACCUCUUCUAUAAACCAGGCUCAAUAUGAUGCUUUUCAUUCACAAAAUGUUGAUUGUAAUGUGGCUGAUACUCAUGCCAAUGGGUUUAAUUUCAACGAAGACUAUUCACAGGGGAAUCAUGCCAACUUUUCUCUGAGAGGUAGGCAUCAGAAGCGAGGUAGUAAACAUGGUGCUCUCAAGGAAACGUCCCAAUUUGGUGAGAGGUCCAGGUCUCCAAUCCAAGAGUCAGAGAAGCAUAGAAGAGUUGGCAACGAUGGCUUUUUAAGGGUUCUAUUUUGGCAGUUUCACAACUUCCGCAUGCUUUUGGGCAGUGACUUAUUUUUGUUUAGCAAUGAAAAGUAUGUAGCUGUUAGCCUGCACUUGUGGGACAUCGGACGACAGAUUACUCCAUUAAUGUGGCUUGAAGCCUGGCUUGACAAUGUUAUGGCAAGUGUGCCUGAGUUGGCCAUUUGUUAUCAUCGAAAUGGUGUUGUUCAAGGGUAUGAACUCCUGAAAACAGAUGACAUUUUCUUACUCAAGGGUAUUGCUGAAGAUGGAACAACUUCAUUUCAUCCUCAAGUUGUCCAACAGAAUGGCUUAUCGGUGUUGAGAUUUCUUCAAGAUAACUGCAAACAAGAUCCUGGCUCCUAUUGGCUAUUCAAAAGUGUAGGAGAGGAUGUAAUUCAACUUUUCGAUCUUUCUGCUCUGCCAAAGAAUCAUUCACCAGAUGAUCAAGAUAAAAGUUGUAAUUCAUUGCCUUCAAUGAUGCAUAAAGGCAGAAGAGAUGCAUUGUUUCAACUGGGAACUCUUCUUUAUAGGCUUGCUCAUAAGCUUUCACUGUCAAGGGUUCCUAACAAUAGGUCCAAAUGUGCCAAACUAUUCCAACAAUGUUUGGAGUUCCUGGAUGAGCAGGAGCAUCUGGUGGUUCGAGCAUUUGCACAUGAGCAAUUUGCAAGGCUCAUUUUGAAGUGCUACGAUGAACUCAAUUGGAUUUCGGAUUCUGUUCUUGAAGAUUUUGAAGCCACAGUUUGUGAUGUAGAAGAUAAAUCUGCAAAUUUACCACUAGGAGAAACUGACUCAUAUGUUCAAGAGAAGAAACCAUCCCAGAGUGUCAAGAGUCUUCCAUUUAUGAAAAACGCAGAGGAUGUUCGUGAUUCUGUUUCAGAAGCCUAUGGCAAGAUGAAUUUGGAAACACAUGAGGAUGCUGGCAAUAAAGAUUCUGAAUCGUCAAAAGGAAAGAUAUCAAGCAAUAUUAAAGAAACCAUAGCUUGUUCAAUGAGUAAAGAUACCAUGGCUGUGUGCCAGGUCUGUGAAAUCCCACAUAUAAUUCAAACCGUUAGUGAUCCAAUAUCUUCAAAAUUAGCGGCUAUACAUCAUGUUUCUCAAGCUAUUAAAUCUCUCAGAUGGCAGCGCCAGUUACGAGAUUCUGAAGGGAAGCUCGUUGUUCCUAAAAACAAAAUCCAAGAUAGGGCUAAGUCACCAGCUGAAAAAUUUUCUUUAUGUGCAUGUGGUGAUGUUGACUGUAUUGAAGUUUGUGACAUUCGGGAAUGGCUUGCGAAGUCUAAAAUGGAUCACAAGUUAUGGAAACUUGUUCUUUUGCUUGGGGAAUCUUAUUUGGCACUGGGAGAGGCUUACAAAGAUGAUGGGCAGUUGCAUCAAGCUCUUAAGGUUGUGGAAUUGGCUUGCUCAGUGUAUGGGUCUAUGCCUGCUUGUCUAGAUGAUGAACAGUUCAUUACAUCUAUGGUGAGUAAUCCAUCAUCUGUUGCUAAUGCUGCUGACAGAAAUAGGAAAUGGAAUUCAGUACAAGAUGGUGUAUCCAAAUUAGAUAGCAGUUCCAGUGGGGAAGGUCUUCGAGUGGAUAAGUUUCCAUUCAAUCACUUAUUUUGGGCCAAGGCCUGGACACUUGUUGGGGAUGUAUAUGUAGAGUGCAAUAGGAUAAGGGGCAAAGGCGAUUCAAAAUAUUCAUCAAUAAAACAAUCCGAGUAUGAUUUGAGAGUGUCCACGGAAGUUGCUAAGGAGGUUAAAAGGCUCAAGAAGAAGUUGGGGCAGUUUCAGCAAAACUGCAAUAUGUGUUCUCUGAUUAACUGUAGCUGCCAGAGUGAUAGAGCAAGCAGUGGGAAUAGCGCAAGCAGUAGUAAUGGAGAUGGGAACUCAAUGGCAUACGGAAGGAACCAGAGCAGGAAACCAAAUGCGAAGAAUUCAUUGCAUUUACGUAACUUAUCUUCAGAUAAAGAUUGUGAGGAAAACAAAUUAAAAGUUUCAUGUGGCCCUGAAUUUGGAACUAUGGGAAUGAGCAAAACUUCUGCGCAAAAGUCUAGUCAUUCUCUGCCAUCAUCGGAUGAUAUGAAAGCUGCAGAUCACCCUACCGAUUCUGAGUCUUCUACUGGAUCUGGAUCAAAAGCUCCUGAAGUGAUUAAGGAGAAACAUAGAGGUAUUUUCUCUUUCUUAGUAGUACCUGAAGAACGAGAUAUAGAAUAUUUUCUCUCAAGAUCCAUAUGCUGCUAUAAUGCUGCUAUGAAAGCAUUAAGUGAAGUUUCUACUAGUUGUUCAGAUAAGGAGUCCAUUGUUAAGAAGAAAGGAUGGGUAUGCAAUGAACUUGGUCGUUACAGGCUUGACAACAGAGAUCUGCGAAGUGCUGAACUUGCUUUUGCAGAUGCAAUACAGGCAUUCAUGGAAGUUUCAGAUUUCUCCAAUGUGGUUCUAAUAAACUGUAAUUUAGGUCAUGGAAGACGAGCUUUGGCUGAAUUGAUGGUGUCAACGCUAGAAAAUUAUAGGAAACAUGAAGCUUUGCGGAAAGCCUAUGAUCAGGCUUUUGAGACAGCAAAAUUGGAAUAUAGAGAGUCUCUGAAAUAUUAUGAUGCAGCGAAGUCAGUACUGGCUUUAGUCAAUGAAGAGGCAGGUUCCCUGUCAAGCUCUCUCAGGAAUGAAGUCUAUACUCAAUCUGCUCAUACAUAUCUUAGACUGGGAAUGCUUUUGGCCAGAGACAACGUAACUGCAGAGAUUUAUGCAAAUGAUAGCCUAGGAGAGAUAUAUGAGGGUUAUAAUUCGCUGAAAAAUGACAAAGUCUAUAAGAAGGAAGCAAGGAAGCGUGAGAUCUCAGCUAAUGAUGCCAUUCGAGAGGCUUUGCAUCUGUAUGAAUCACUUGGUGAGCUGCGUGGGCAGGAGUCUGCUUAUGCACAUUUUCAACUGGCUUGUUACCAUAGGGACUGCUGUUUCAAGAUGUUGGAUUCGGGGUGCAGUGAAAGUGGAAGUUCGAAAUCUGAAAACACUCAUAUGCAAAAGGUUAAGCGUUAUGCUUCUUUGGCAGAAAGGAAUUGGCAAAAGUCCAUAGAUUUCUAUGGUCCGAAGACACACCCUAUGAUGUAUUUGAAUAUUCUCAUGGAGCGAUCCGCUUUCUGCUUGAGGCUCUCCAGUGUUUUUUACUCAAAUACGAUGUUAGAUUCAGCUCUAUCCCAGCUUUUGGAGGGGCGAUUUGCUGCUGAAGGAGACAAACCUUUAGAACUCUCUCAUGAUGAAACUGAUGCAAUGUUUUGUAACCAGUUACAAAGACUACUGAAAAGCAUGUUGGCCAUGGCUUUAGCUGCAAAAAACACAAGCAAGUCUGAUGAUGCAAUGAGCAAUCGGGUUGGGGAUGUAAAGAAACUCAGGGAGCUCUAUAGAAUGUCACUGAAAAUGAGUGGGUUGGCAGAUUUGAAUGCUAUGCAUGAGUUAUGGACCUCUGAAUAAGAGCUGCACUCAACUGCUUUCUUGUUCUGUCAUUUUUACUAUUCAUUCUUGUGGUAAGAGGCUUCUCGCUGACGUGUUUCCAGUCGUUACUAUUCAAGAUGAGCUAAACAGCAUUGUUUACUGAUAUCUUACCUGUUGGACACCCUUAAGUUUGUUGAGAAUUAUAUUUAGAAUGCAUAUGUAAACCUCUCUAAGAGACGGGAAUGUAAAUAGAAAACAUCCCUAGGGAAAGCUUCACGGCCUGUUGGUCGGUGUAACAAUAAUGACAUUUGGCGAUAUGCCACCGCCUGUUUACUAAGAUCAUCAUAUAUUGUUAAGGCGUGCAUUCCA